CUUGAGAGGUCUGAAGGAGAGGGAGACCCAGGGCAAAGCAGAGACAUCCAGCUUGGAGCAGCUGGAACGCCCCCUGUAGCCACGGAGAACCCCACCACCGCCCCAGCGCCCCCCAGAACCCGAUGCAGCAUCAUGGAGGAGGGGAGGGUCCAGAGGUGCUGCUGGUGAAGAAAGAGGGGUGUGGGGAGGGUCUGGGGAACUCUGAGGGGACCAUGGUCAUGGAGGACAACCAGACUACACCUCCUCCUGAACCCACAGAGUGUCACUGAGUCAGUAGACAUGGAGGAUGGGAAGCCUGAUCUGCUGCUGGUCAAAGAGGAGAUAAUAGAAGAUGGACCAGAGAGCAUUGACCUGCUGAGUGGACUAAAAAUGGGGGAGCAAGGUGGUUGGUUGGAUGCCAACAGAGGAGAUCGCUCUGCCAUUUUUGAUUCCCAGACUGGUGCAGCCAUGGGUCCAGGGGACGACAUCAAGCAGGCCAGGACCAGAGGCAACAUAGUGGAGGUCAAUGGAUGGGACAGCAUCCUCAACUCUGGGCUGGGGAACAACACUGUUAACCAGAAACAGACAGUCGAGCACAAAACAACAUCCAAAAUAAGUCUCCAUGACAACAGCCUGGCUGAGACCAGGGUGAGGCGUAGAUUUGGUCUGCGGGGACGGGGAGGUGCCCGUAUGCAGCUGGAGAGAACAGACACUGACUCGGCUAGUGAUGCUCCGUCCUGCUCCUAUAGUUGUGAUUCAGAGAGACUGAUGGCGCCUCAGGUUAACCCACUAACAGGUGCUGCCUUCAGCCUGCCUUCUAUAGGAUCUAUCAACUGGAACAUGGACCCUGCAACAACACAGACUCUCACUGGCCUUCGUCCUCCUCACACUCUCCUGUUAAACCAGACCUCAGACAAUGCCAGUGCCUCAACAUUAAAUGGCUACACAAGCCCAUUGACAAAUGACAGUAGUAGCAACGCUAUCAGUAGAUCCGAUGGCAAAGAGAAGCGCUUCCCGUGUUCAUUCUGUGGGAAAGCUUUCAGUUUCCCCAAACAGGUGGAGAUUCACCAGAGGAUGCACACAGGGGAGAAACCGUACAGCUGCCACCUGUGCCAGGCCAGUUUUUCACACUCGUCCAACCUAAAGCGGCACCAGAGGGUCCACACAGGGGAGAAACCCUUCAGCUGUACCCAGUGUCACAUGCGCUUCGCUCAGUCUGGCAACCUGAAGAUGCACCUGAAGGUCCACAUGGGAGAGAGGCCAUUUGCCUGUACGGACUGAGGUUCUUAGAGGGGAGUUACCUCAGGAUACACCAGCAGAAAAAACAUUCCACUCUAUAACAUAGAAAGUAACCAUUCCAUUUGAUAGCUUCUGACUGACAUCACACCCUGCAUUACAGACAAAGAUUCCUUUUCAUUGUCAGCAGAAAAGAUGCACUUGGAAUAACGAGAGUAACGUAUUUCAUUGUUGAAUAUUCCUUGGUAGAAUGUUGCAUGUAGACAUUGUGUGACAUUGACUUAAGUGCACAACACAUUAGGAAUACUUGCUCUUUGCACUUCAUAAACUGACCAGCUGAAAAUUACAAUCCCUUCUUGAUGUCACUUGUUAAAUUCACUUCAGUCAGUGUAGAUGAAGGGAAGGAGACAGGUUUCUAAGAAGGUUUUUUAAGCCUUGUUACAAUUGGUUUUGUUGUUUUAUUUAAAUGUUUCACCUGCUUCUGACUCACAGGCCCAUCAUUACACAUAUUUAAGUCAAAACUGUAACCUGGUCACUCAGGAACAUUCACUGUCUUCUUGGUAAGCAACUACAGUGUAAUUUUGCAGUUGUGUCAAAUGCUGCAGCCACCACCAUGCUUGAAAAUAAAGAGGUAGUUUAUUCAGUGACGCGUUCUAUUGGAUUUUCCCCAAACAUAAGGCUUUGCAUUUAAGCCAAAAAGCAUAUUCCUUUGUGUUUUUGUUGUCGUAUUAGUUUAGUGCCUUAUUGCAUACAAUAUGCCAAUUUUGGAAUAUUUGUUUUCUGUAUACUUGUAUUUUCACUCAUUGAUUAAAGUCAUUAUUGUGGAGUCACAAAUGUUGAUCCAUUCUGUUUUCUCCCAUCACAGCCAUUGAACUGUAACCGUUUUAAAAUCACUAAUGGCCUCAUGGUAACAUUCCUGAGUAGUUUCAUUCCUGUCCUGCAGUUCAGUUCAGAAGGAUGGCUGUCUCUUGGUGUUUUUAAAGUAAGAUGAUCAUGAUAGUGCCUUAAUUCAUGUUUACUUUACAUGUAGUAGUGAACCUUUUCCAAAGUAUUCUAAAAUAAAUAUUAUCAAAGCGAUGGUACCAGAUUUACAGGAAAGGUGAAGUGUUACCGUAGUGAUGUUAUUGUACUUGUCACGUAUCAUUUUGUGCAAUAAAAGUAUUGUACUUCA